UGCUCAAUGGUUGUGUCACCAGGAGGCUGGACUGGUCGGGCGGAGUGUUUGAGCUCUCAUAUCAACAUCACCGGAGCUCACUCACUCUCUGCCUCUCUGUGAGUGUGAGGCGGUCUCUCUUUCUCCCUCUCCCUCUCUCUGUUCUUUCUCUAUCUCUCUCCCAGUCUGGACUCUGAGGGAUCGGGAUUUUCUCACUAAAAAGUACACAGACCUCAGAGAGAGCGACGGGCAUUCGCUCUCCAGAAAGACGUGGGUUGGAUUUGGAUUAUAACCAAACACACGCCGUCACUGAAUCCGCUGAACUUUUAUUUAUAUCUCAACUACAACGAGUCUCACACGGAGAAAUGGAGCGCGCGGUUUGUAGUUUAUUUUAACCAACAAGUGACACGUCCUAAACAAGUCGAGGGUUUCGUAUUUUCUGGAUUUCACGGUGAAUCAGUCUGUCAGGAUGAACUUGCAGUGGAGUAGCCCGGCACCCUGUAUCCGCACCGGGAGAGUCGCAUACAAGCGGAUGGACUCUGACGAUCAGCCGCCGGCCAAAUGCGCCAGACUGAGCGCCGAGGCAGGAGACGCACAGGGACUCCUGGGCACCUCUCCCGGGUCUCCGGUCAGCCCUGUCUCUAACCCUGUCCCGGCGACCCACGUGGGGCCGUCCAGGAUAGGACCGUUCCUGCUUCUACCUCUGGCGGACCGGGAGAGCGUGCACAGCGCGAUGAACACCGACACUGGCGAUGAGCUACUGUGCAAGGUCUUUGAUAUGGGGGUGUACCAGGAAAAGAUCAGACCCUAUGGGAUCCUACCGGCCCACAAAAAUGUGGCCUGCAUCAGAGACAUCAUCCUUGGCGAACGCAAGGCCUACGUGUUCCUUGACAAGGACUUUGGGGAUAUGCACACCUUUGUGAAGAGCUGCCGCAGGCUGGAUGAGGAGCACGCCUGCAGGCUCUUCCGUCAGGUGGCUCUGGCUGUGGCACACUGCCACCAGGCCGGCAUCGUGCUGGGUGACCUCAAACUGCGCAAGUUUGUCUUCACCGAUGAGAAAAGGACACAGGUGAGACUGGAAAGCCUCGAGGACUGUCGCGUCCUAGAAGACCCAAACAAUGACUCUAUGUCAGACACUCAUGGCUGUCCCGCCUAUGUCAGCCCAGAGAUUCUCAGCAGCUCCGCUCCUUACUCUGGCAAGAUGGCCGAUAUGUGGAGCCUGGGGGUCAUGCUGUACACCAUGCUAGUCGGCCGCUACCCUUUCCACGACCCGGACCCAGCCACGCUGUUUUCCAAAAUCCGCAGAGGUCAGUGCUGUUUGCCAGAGGGUUUGUCGCCCAAGGCCAAGUGCCUGCUCCAGAGCCUGCUGAGGAAAGAUCCCUGCGAGAGACUUACCGCCACUGAGCUGUUCGGUCACCCGUGGUUCCACCAGCCGCCGUCAUCGCAGGAAGUGGCACUGGGCGAACAGGAAGUGAGCUCGGCGGAACAGAUGGUGCCAUCCUUUGACGUGGAGGAAGAUGAUGAUCUGUUCUGCUGACGGACUUGAUUCAGCUGAGUCUGGCUGAGGGACCAAAACAAAGAAUUGCUAUGAGGGACUCAUUGUUGUUGUUGUUGUUGUUUUUUUUUUUACAUUGGCACUUUUUAGAACCCCAUUUGUGUACUGUUGAGUGGACAUAUGCCCUCAAGCUUUCUACAAAAACUUACCGUACUGUAUUUUUUGUCAUAUACGUAUGUGUUACACGUUAAGGGCAUUGUUCACAAUGACCAUUCAUUGUGUGUCUAUAUGUGCAUUUUUUGAAAUUAUUUGGUGCUAAAAGACAUAACUAGGACUCAAGAAUUAGUCAGAUUAUGUUAACAAAAUAAUCUCUGAAGGCUACCAUAAGUACAUGUCAAGAAUCUCAGCUGUGGCAGACAGUAAACACCAAUGCUAGCUCUCAGCCGGGACUCACAAAGGCUUCAGAAGGCAUUAGAUGAAUCCUGAACGGGAGGCGAACAGAGCGGGAUGUUGUUCCUCUCACUCUUUGACCAGGCUGGAGGCUUCACUGGCUGACUCACUGACCGGCUUGAGGAAGGCCUAGUACAAGCUUGAUGUCUCGCAGCAGGCAGUGUCAUAGAGCGAGAAAGAUGGUUAGCAGAAGACUGAUGUGUCACCCUCAGCAGGGAUGCUACAAAGGUGUUUCACUGCCAAUCUGGCAACGUCUCCUCAAAUGGAGAGCAUUUACAAAUCUCACACCAUGCACAGAAGGCUGAGAAAAGCGGAGUGUUACUGAUGUAAGACUCACAGAAAUGCAGGGAGAGUUUGUCACACACACUCAACAAUAAGCAGUGGCACUGAGCUAACACAAGUCUUUGUAUAUGGCUAACAGAGAAAAGAAAAUCUCAGUAAUUUUCUCAUUUUUAACAGUUGAAACUAAAACAUUUACCUUUUGUAAAAAAAAAAAAAAAAAAAAAUGUUGGGAGCUGAAUCAGAUAAGCCCAAUGCAGAGUGUCUGCUAACAGGGUCUGACCUUCGCCACAUUCGACUGUGAUCAAUCUGUUCGGCUUUUCUGAAACCCUGUGUGUGCAGUUAGCCACAGCUAAACCUAACACUAACGCUUCUGGGUCAAAAUAAACUGCUGGGAGAAACACUGGUUCUACAGACUUGGUCACAUGCCUUUGCAGCAACAGAGAUUGUUUGAUAAUUCUUACACCUGGAGGCAUACCACAGUUAGAUUUCAGUGCAAAAUGCAAAAAAUUCACAGAAUUCCAAUGGUACUCCCAAAUGAUACAACACCGUUAUGUCUCAGUCCAAAAUUGUUUGUAUUUUUGAAGAAAUUUGUCAAACGAGGAACCAUCGAAUCAGAGAGACACAUAAAAAUGAAGGCUUUCUCCGCUGAGCAGUUGAACAUGUUUUGUUCAUUUCAGCUGGAACAUUAUGUCAAACUGUGUUGCUUUAACAAAGCUGAGCUGUGCUGUGUUGUGCCCAUAUCACUGUGUUUCAUAAACUGAAUGGCUCUGAAUCAGUCGCAGUCAGGCGAUAUUCGAUGUUGGUUGUCUGCUGAUGACUCAACACUUCAGUGUGUCUGUAGAGAAUUGUCCUGACCUUGGCUGGAAGAAUUUGUUCUGACUGUUUCACCUCUGUAAUGGUACUUUUUCCCCCCCCUUCCCUUUUAUUUUUUAUUUUUGCCAUGGAAAGCUGUGGAUCCAUGGGGACUAGUCAUCUUUAGUUAGUGACAUGAAGCACCAUGAUCUACAAUGUGUUGGACUGUGACAGGAGGAUGCAGCGCUUCAGUGACGCUCAGCCUUAACAGGCUACUGUGUGUCUGCAGUUAGCCAUUUCAUUCUGGUACAAUUAUUUCGACAAUGGUACAAAAUCUGGCCUGUCUGAGAAGCGCUGUGCUUUAAAAUUUUGGGUCACAAUGUAGGCUAGUAAAACGUCUGUUGCAGUUCUUCUCAUUGCAGAUGGGAGUGGACUUGCAACAAUCUGAAUUGUUCCUCGCAAAGAAGUAAUUUAAGACAUUUAUGGUUUUGUUUCUGGUUCGUACAUGUAGAGUGAGUCACUUAUUCAUGUGACAUGUAGAGUAAACUGACACGGGUGCACAGACUUCAUAUUGCACUGUGAAUUAUGUAUUUGUGACACAACCUAGAGGCUAUUAUUAGUCCAGACAGGUUAUACACACAAGAUAUAUUCAGUGUACAAAAGAUGUAAAUAUGUAUAUUUGAAAUAUGUGUGGAGAUGUUGAAUAAAAAUCACAUUUUUUUCAUAUUCA